UUCCUCGUGAGUGGUUCUGUGUCAGUGUCGUGGAGCGCAUGAAGCCAAGUGCGAAGUUCUUCGUGUUUUCUGCCUUCACAAUUUACACGUCAUCUCAAUGACGGACUCGAAAAACUAAAAUAUAUUUCUGUCAUGAAACUUCCACAAUAAUCUUUGACUGAGAUUUUGAAAAGAUUUAAUAUGGAUUUAUUAAUGAUUUUAUUGAUGGCCUCUUCAGUGGCAGGUACAGCGUCUGGCUUCAAGAUAUCCAGAAUCGUUGGGCCAUCGGUGGUGGUGAACGGAUCAGUACCUCUGCUGGUGCUGGACUGUCAGUACGACGCUGCUCGAUAUGACACUCGCGGCCUCACUGUCAAGUGGUACCUCAAGAACCGUAUGCGAUACCUAGUAUAUCAGUGGAUACCAAACACUGCACCUCAGGACCUGAGUAUACUGAAGGGUAGAGUGGAUCUGUCGUACCGAGCGUCUAACCACAGCCAGGAGGUGCACCGAGCGCUGGCCAUACAGCGCCCCACCAUCGCCCACUCAGGGGACUAUACCUGCGUCGUGUCUACCUUCCAUAGCGACGACCUCAAGACCAAGCGGGUUAUAAUCUACUCCCCAGCGUCGGAUAUCUACGUCACGUACAGCAAGCCGACGGUGGAGAGCGUCAAAGUUGUAUGCAGCGCCAGCGGGGUCUUCCCGGAGCCAAAACUUGACGUGUUCAGGAGUGCAGUGAAUUUCAAGAGUGUGAAAAUGAACACGGUAUCGAAAUCAAUAUUUUUAAACGACUCUGGCACCUACAACGCGACGGUGUUCGCUAUAGUGCGUGACAGCGACUUGCAGGACGAAACUGUGUUCGAGUGCAGGCUCUCCAUACCCGGCACUGACUACCGACUCCAGGAAAAUAUGAUAUAUUAUCCAGGUUAG